AGCGCGACACACACAUGCUAGCAGUGCUUUUUACACUAUGGCAACAGUACAAGUCAGCGAGGCCGAAAAAGUGUACAUCUUACACGGUAUACGGGAUGACUUACGAGUGGACGGGAGAGGCUGUGAGGACUACAGACACAUGGAGAUAGAGACCGACGUGGUGUCCAACACAGACGGCUCCGCCAAAGUCACUCUGGGCCACACAGCGGUUCUGGUUGGGAUUAAGGCCGACAUUGGAAAACCGAGGCCCGGGGUGCCAAAUGAAGGCUACUUGGAAUUCUUUGUAGACUGUUCGGCCAAUGCAACCCCCGAGUUUGAGGGCAGAGGAGGGGAGGAGCUGGGGACGGAGCUGAGUAACACACUCUACAAAGUCUUCAACAACAAACACAGCGUGGACCUGAAGAGCCUCUGCAUCAGUGCAGGAGAACACUGCUGGGUCCUCUAUGUGGAUGUGCUGCUCCUGCAGUGUGAUGGAAACCUCUACGAUGCCAUCUCAGUAGCUAUUAAGGCAGCUCUCUUCAACACAAAAAUUCCCAAAGUGCACAUAUCAGCUGACGAGGAAGGAGGGAAGGAAAUCGAGCUGUCGGAUGACCCGUAUGAUUGCAUGAGACUCGAUGUAGAAAAUGUUCCUUGCAUAGUGACGUUGUGCAAGGUGGGCCACAGGCACGUAGUGGACGUGACUCUGCAGGAGAAGGCCUGCUCCGUGGCGAGCCUGAUCAUCUCUGUCACACACACGGGCACGGUCACCUGCACCAGGAAGGUGGGCGGAGGCAGCCUGGAUCCAGAGAGUAUCUUUGAAAUGACAGAGGCAGGGAAACGGGUCGGGAAGGCCCUUCAUGCUCCGCUCAUGAAGCUGCUGCAGCAGGAGGAGAGUUUGGGAAAGACACGACAGAAAGUUGGCUUCCUUGGUUGACAUCAAGUACUGUAGUUACAGUUUGUAUGUACAUGUAUACAGAAUUUUCUAAUAAAACUUAAAUUUGUACGGCCU